GAACCCUCCUUAUUCUACAUGUUCAUGUUUCGUAGAAUAAUUUUGACUGCGAAAAAGAGUGUACAUGUUGUGUUUUGGGAGUGUUUUCUUCGAAGGAUGAUUUUUCACUUUUCCACCAUUGAUAGGGUCCCAAAAAUGUCCCCAAGUGUAAAACAAAUGUUGCGAGUUAAAGUUUGAGUAAAAUUCGUUCGGAAAACUACGCGCAAGAAUGCCUUCCGAGUGAGAAAAAUUGUACGGUCUGGAGAACUUUUUGGCCACAAUACAUAGUCGCAUAGGAAAAGUUUCCUUCAUUUUUUUUUUUUUUCUCUUGUUCGGACACAGUGAAUAAAAGAGCGGUGUGAGGAAAUGCGCGGUAGGGGCAAGUGUGAUGGAAAAAGGGCAAAUGUUGUUCAGCAGCAGCAGAAGCAUAUUGUUGGUGUGUCUUUUCACAUGAUAGUUUUUUCCAUCGAUGUGUAUAAUUUCUAAAUUCAGUUUCCGUACGGUCAGAGAGAGUGAGAAAAGUGGGAAAAAGUUUGAAAAGCAGCACGGGACAAUUUUCUAAUUUCCAGCCCAUGCACGACGAGGAGGAUCCAAUCGACCCCUCUCCAUUGAUGAGAGCCCACUUUUUGGCAGCCCGUCCGAUGUUGGAUUUUCCGAUGUGUCUCUGCUGUGAAUCCUUCCUCGAACCCCUUUUCCCAGUGUGUGACUAUUUUCCGGGUGUUUCAAUCGAUCAGAUUCUUCACAUUUUUGGCUGAUGAUGGAUAGUGUUUAAUCGACAAAAAAUGAUGAAAAGUGGUUCUCUCUGAAUUGGAAACGAAUGUGAAUUGCGAUGUGAAAAGAAGUGGAAACAAAAAUUCAACCACAAAGAAGAAAAGCAAAGUCCCUUUCACGCCCACGCGUUUGAGAAAAAAAAAGCGAAGGAGAAGUUUACAAAAAAUAGUGUAUCCUACAUAUCUCAAGUGCAAACAAAUCGUAGUGAAAAGAAAAAAAAAUAGGCAAAAAAUAGUGCAGUUUCACAGCAAUCUACACCUCGCGAUUGCAAAAAAAAAAAAAAUAACACAUUCAAGGAAACGCCGGAGCAGUACAAUAGAAAAUAGUACAACAACAACAACUGCAGGAAAAUAUGGAUCAAUGUUCAAGCCUGCUGGUGUCUGCCCUGUUCAGUACGAUUAUCCUCGGUGGUUUAUAUAAUCCAGUUGAAGCACAACUGCGACCUCGGAUACAGGAACAUCCGGCAGAUGCGGUCGCCGCCAAGGAGGAACCGCUGACACUCAACUGCAAAGCAGUCGGUCGGCCACCACCGGAGAUCAACUGGUAUCACAAUGGAGUCCCGCUCGGGCCCUCCGAUCGACGGGUGAUACUGCCCGAGGGGUCGUUGUUCUUUUUGAAGGUGAUGCAGAACAAACGUGAACAAGAUGCCGGGGUUUAUCACUGUGAAGCGCACAAUUCGGCAGGUGUUGCAGUUAGCCGAAAUGCGACACUGCAAAUAGCCAUGCUGAAGGAUGAGUUCCGCGCAAUGCCGAAGGAUACGGUAGCAUUGGUUGGUGGCCCGGUGAUUCUAAAUUGUACACCUCCGCGAGGUAUUCCAGAGCCAUCGGUACUGUGGAUCAAGGAUGGAAAACUGCUGGACAUAAGUGGGAAACGUUUGAGUAUGGUAGAUUCCGGAAGCUUGAUGAUAUCGGAGAUUCAACCGAACGAUACGGGCAAGUACGAAUGCUCGGCGCAAAGUAUGGCUGGGACGAAAACUACGCCUCCAGCGUAUUUGAAAGUAUUGGCACCACCUACGAUAAUGAAGAGUCCCCAUGAUACCGAAGUUUUGGAAGGAGAAGGCUUCGAUCUUCCAUGCGAACUGGCUGGAGAUCCCAAACCGUUGGUCACCUGGCGGAAAGAGAAUGGACGUCUUCCGGAGGGAAGGUCAAGGAAACUGUUGGACAAUACGCUAAGAAUAGAAGAUGCUCGUCAGGAUGACGAGGGAAAGUACAUCUGCGAGGGUCACAACGAGGGUGGAAAUGUAACAAUCUCCGUCUAUUUGUACGUUUAUGAAGCACCUACCUUCAUGGAAGCCCCAGUAGAUGUUGUCAUCAGAGAAGGAGAAGGAAUUACUUUGCCAUGUCGGGCCAAAGGCCGACCUGGGGUGCGAAUAUUCUGGGAUCGAAUCGACAAGCCACAUGUAAAUAAUAGCGUGAGCAAACCAGAAACCCAAGCACAGAUUGGCCACAAGCCGUCUGAAAAGUCCAAACGUAGCAUUUCACUCAAGUCAACUGAAAAUCACGUUCGUUCCUUUGCACCGGAGUCGGUGGGAAAUUGGUCAAUUAAGAUAGAACCGGUUUCUGAAAAGCAGCUUUUCCAGUUGCCACAUGCUUCCCGAACGCAUCCCGUUCGGAAGAAGCGCGAAACGACUGAAUCAGCCAAUGAACAGGAAGCAGUUUCCAGUACAAUUGCUUCCCUGGUCAGCAGCAGCGUAGUCCAUUUUGAAGACAAUGGUGGACUGACACUGAGGGCGGUCAGCAAAGCAGACGAAGGUUGGUAUGCCUGUGCUGCCAUCAACGAAGCGGGCAGCAUUGUGAAAAAGAUCUUCAUCAAAGUGUUGGACAAGGAUGAAUCGCUAGAGGCGCGUAAGGAGCAAAUCCAUACCUAUGAUCAGAGUCGAUGGGUUAGCGAACAGUUCAUCGUUCUGAACAAUGUGUUUACCAUCUCAGCCGGAUCCAUCGGAAUCUCGUGGGAUGUAACGGAUAGUGCUACAAAGAUGCCUUUGCGGAUGUACUAUCGGGUUGCUAUUGAUCCGAUGGAUAAUUUCAUCUACAACUCUUCGUUUGAAAGCCAAGUAACGACGAGUAAUUUGAAGGAACUGACGUUGAAUGAUCUACGCCCAUUCACGGAGUAUGAAAUCUUUGCCAGCAUCCCGGAGGGACUGUCCGGAUCGGUUUCCAACAUUCGAAGAGGGAAGACACUGGAUGGACCUCCAUCGGCACCACCGACUGACGUGAGGGUUGGAGUUAUCAAUACGACGGCAGCAUUUGUACGGUGGUCACCGCCACCAGUUCAUAUGCUCAAUGGAGAACUCACUGGCUAUAAGAUUGGAUUACAGAUUCAAAUCAAAUCUAAUGCCACGAACAAAGUGCUCGGACAGAUGAUUCUCAAUUCUACUACUCAAUCGGUCGUCAUCAACAGCUUGACGCCGGGAGCUAUGUAUAUCGCUAAGGUGGCUAGCUUGACCGCCGGAGGGAUAGGACCUUACAGUCAACCAACACCGCUACACAUGGAUCCGCAGAACAUAGUCAGAACUGAUCCAACCCCUAGCUAUUGGAUGUCGUCGUGGAUGUCCGGAACGGCUCUCGUGAUUCUGUGCGUCUGCCUGAUCGGUGGAGCGAUCUUUGCCAUCUUUUGGACUGUUCGCAAAAAACAAUCGGUAAAAGCGUCCUACCCUGGCCCCUCUGUUACCACAAUCAUCCCAGACAAGCAACAUACUCUUUGGUUACAUGGGAACACUCUGGUAAAACCAUCCCACUCGUUAGACCCCCCUAGCACAUCCGAAUACGCUGAACUCACCAACAACACUCAGAGUCUCAAACCGAACAAUUGUGUUCUUCCACCGGAACCAUAUGCAACGGUUACACUCCAGCGGGGUGGAACCAUUUCCGAAGAACCUUGCAUGAAAUGUGCAAACAGUCCAGUAUCUAGCGAAUACAAUGCACCGCUUAGGGAACCAAUCAACAUAUCAGAUGUACUGCCACCACCACCAGACCAUCCGUACGGUACAUAUCGCCCACCGACCAGCAUGACGAUCCGAACCAAUCCGGCUGCCCUGUCACCGCAAAUGAUGCGGAAAAAUCACGUUCCUCCGCCAAUGCCGAACCGAUGGGACACCAUGCCGCCACCUAUUCCGAGCUUCCCACAGAACUGGAUCCGCCCGCAUCACAUGAAUCCAGCCUUGACGAUGAACAACGCCGAGAUGUACUCGGAGAAUGACUACGAAAGUGGAUCUGUACUGUACGAACAGUGCUAUCGGCCGGAUCAGAUGCCACCAGUUCCUCCACCCAACGGAAAUCAUUUCUUCAGUCAUGCUGGCGAACCUACGGAAGAAUUCUAUCGUCACAUGAACAUGGAAUUCGCCCAGGACAUCGGUUUCGAACCGAACAGCCCGCCAGCUCCAUGUCCUGAGACACCGUUCAAUAGUAAAUAUUUGACCGGACCCGGCGCUGCCGACAGUCCCAUCAUAUCCCGCAAGGUAGGUGUCAACACGACCACCAGGGGACACAUGCCCAACAGUGCGUCCAACAAUAGCAACAAUUACAAUAGCCAGCAUAGCACUGGCCAGAGCUCCGAAAGCGACAGCGAUAACCGGUGGGCUCCUGCCCGAACGAAACGCAGUAGAAGUAGAUCGAAAAGUAGUGAUAGAAAAUACAAUCGGACUCUUAUUCGAUAAAGUCGUGAGCGACUCUAGCCAUACCACGCUAAACAAAAAAAAGCUAAUCUUAAGCUCUAUUAUACACAA